CAAGGCACGUUCAUGGAUACUAAGCUGAUGUGUUUGUUGUUCUUUUUUUCCUUGCCUCCGCUCCUAGUGAGUAACCACACUGGCCGCAUCAAGGUGGUCUUUACUCCGAGCAUCUGUAAAGUGACCUGCACCAAGGGCAGCUGUCAGAACAGCUGUGAGAAGGGGAACACCACCACUCUCAUUAGUGAGAAUGGUCAUGCUGCCGACACCCUGACGGCCACGAACUUCCGAGUGGUAAUUUGCCAUCUUCCAUGUAUGAAUGGCGGCCAGUGCAGUUCAAGAGACAAAUGCCAGUGCCCUCCAAAUUUCACAGGGAAGCUUUGUCAGAUCCCGGUGCAUGGUGCCAGCGUGCCAAAACUCUACCAGCAUUCCCAGCAGCCAGGCAAGGCACUGGGAACGCAUGUCGUCCACUCGACACAUACCUUGCCUCUGACCAUGACUAGCCAACAAGGAGUCAAAGUGAAAUUUCCUCCCAACAUAGUCAAUAUCCAUGUGAAACACCCUCCUGAGGCUUCAGUUCAGAUACAUCAGGUUUCAAGAAUUGAUGCCCCGACAGGCCAGAAGGCAAAAGAAGCUCAGCCGGGCCAAUCCCAAAUCUCUUACCAAGGGCUUCCCGUCCAGAAGACCCAGACUGUGCACUCCACCUACUCUCAUCAGCAAGUCAUCCCCCACAUCUAUCCUGUGGCUGCUAAGACGCAGCUUGGCCGGUGCUUUCAGGAAACCAUUGGGUCACAGUGUGGCAAGGCGCUCCCUGGCCUUUCGAAGCAGGAAGAUUGCUGUGGAACUGUGGGUACCUCCUGGGGCUUUAACAAAUGCCAGAAAUGCCCCAAGAAGCCAUUGUAUCAUGGAUAUAACCAAAUGAUGGAAUGUCUGCAAGGUUAUAAGCGGGUCAACAACACCUUUUGUCAAGAUAUUAAUGAGUGCCAGCUACAGGGUGUGUGCCCUAAUGGUGAGUGUUUGAAUACCAUGGGCAGCUACAGAUGUACCUGCAAAAUGGGAUUUGGGCCGGAUCCUACCUUUUCAAGUUGUGUUCCGGAUACCCCUGUGAUCUCUGAAGAGAAGGGGCCCUGUUACCGCCUUGUCAGUUCCGGAAGGCAGUGUAUGCACCCUCUGUCUGUUCACCUCACCAAGCAGCUCUGCUGUUGUAGCGUGGGCAAGGCCUGGGGCCCACACUGUGAGAAAUGUCCCCUUCCCGGCACAGCCAAGGAAGAGCCGGUGGAGGCCCUGACCAUCUCCCGGGAACAUGGGCCAGGAGUGGCGGAGCCAGAAGUGGCAACUGCACCCCCUGAGAAGGAAAUACCUUCAUUGGAUCAAGAGAAAACCAAACUUGAGCCUGGUCAGCCCCAGCUCUCUCCAGGCGUCUCAACGAUUCAUCUGCAUCCACAGUUUCCAGUGGUGAUUGAAAAAACAUCACCUCCUGUGCCUGUGGAAGUUGCUCCUGAAGCUUCUACAUCAAGUGCCAGCCAAGUGAUUGCACCUACUCAAGUAACAGAAAUCAACGAAUGUACCGUGAACCCUGACAUCUGUGGAGCAGGACACUGCAUCAACCUGCCCGUGAGGUAUACGUGUAUAUGCUUUGAGGGCUACAAGUUCAGUGAGCAACAGAGGAAGUGUGUUGAUAUUGAUGAAUGCACUCAGGUCCAACAGCUCUGCUCCCAAGGACGCUGUGAAAACACCGAGGGCAGUUUCUUGUGUAUUUGCCCGGCAGGAUUUAUGGCCAGUGAGGAGGGUCCUAACUGCAUAGAUGUUGACGAGUGCCUGAGGCCAGCUGUGUGUGGGGAAGGGCACUGCAUCAAUACCGUGGGGGCCUUCCGGUGUGAAUACUGCGACAACGGGUACCGCGUGACCCGGGGUGGCCGUUGUGAGGAUAUUGAUGAAUGUUUGACUCCGAGCACUUGCCCGGAUGAGCAGUGCGUGAAUUCUCCCGGAUCUUACCAGUGUGUGCCCUGCACAGAAGGCUUCCGAGGCUGGAACGGGCAGUGUCUUGAGUCCGUACAAGGCUCUGUUAAAGUCAAGAAGAAUGUGGCUAAUCCUGUGUGCACACUUCUGGAAAAGCUUCCCGGAGAUAUUGACGAGUGUCAGCAGGGAAAUCUGUGCAUACAUGGGCAGUGCAAAAACACGGAGGGCUCCUUCCGGUGUACCUGUGGACAGGGUUACCAGCUGUCAGCAGCGAAAGACCAGUGUGAAGAUAUUGACGAAUGCCAGCACCAUCAUCUCUGCAGCAAUGGGCAGUGCAGGAACACAGAGGGCUCCUUCCUCUGUGUUUGUGACCAGGGCUACAGAGCUUCCACGCUUGGGGACCACUGUGAAGAUAUCAAUGAAUGCUUGGAGGACAACAGCGUUUGCCAGGGAGGAGACUGCAUCAACACUGAAGGGUCCUAUGAUUGUACUUGUCCAGAUGGAUUCCAGCUAAAUGACCAUAAAGGAUGUCAAGAUAUUAAUGAAUGUGAACAGCCUGGACUCUGUGAUCCGCACGGAGAGUGUCUCAACACAGAUGGGUCUUUCCACUGUGUCUGCGAACAGGGUUUCUCAAUUUCUGCAGAUGGCCGUACAUGUGAAGAUAUUGAUGAAUGUGUAAACAACACUAUUUGUGACAGUCACGGGUUUUGUGACAAUACGGCUGGCUCCUUCCGCUGCCUCUGUUAUCAGGGCUUUCAGGCCCCACAGGAUGGGCAAGGGUGUGUGGAUGUGAAUGAGUGCGAGCUGCUCAGUGGAGUGUGUGGUGAAGCCUUCUGUGAAAACGUGGAAGGGUCCUUCCUGUGUGUGUGUGCCGAUGAGAACCAGGAAUACAGCCCCAUGACCGGGCAGUGCCGCUCCCGGGACUCAGGAGAUGAAGAUCAGCCCAAAGAAGAAAAGAAAGAAUGCUACUACAACCUCAACGAUGCCAGUCUCUGUGAUAACGUGCUGGCCCCCAACGUCACCAAACAGGAGUGCUGCUGUACCUCCGGUGCUGGCUGGGGGGACAACUGUGAGGUCUUCCCUUGCCCCGUUGUGGGGACCGCGGAAUUCACUGAGAUGUGUCCUAGAGGGAAAGGCUUUGUCCCCACUGGAGAAUCCUCUUACGACGUUGGCAGCGAGAACUAUAAAGAUGCAGAUGAAUGCCUGCUCUUUGGGCAAGAAAUCUGCAAAAAUGGCUUCUGUCUGAACACUCAGCCUGGGUAUGAAUGCUACUGUAAGCAGGGGACAUACUAUGAUCCUGUCAAAUUGCAGUGCUUUGAUAUGGAUGAAUGUCAAGACCCCAGUAGUUGUAUUGAUGGCCAGUGUGUUAAUACAGAAGGCUCUUAUAACUGCUUCUGUACCCAUCCACUGGUCCUGGAUGCUUCAGAAAAAAGAUGUAUACGACCAACUGAAUCACACGAACAAAUAGAAGAAACCGAUGUCUACCAGGAUCUGUGCUGGGAACAUCUGAGUGAUGAAUAUGUGUGUAGCCGGCCUCUUGUUGGCAAGCAGACAACCUACACCGAGUGCUGCUGUUUGUAUGGAGAGGCCUGGGGCAUGCAGUGUGCCCUCUGCCCCAUGAAGGAUUCAGACGACUAUGCCCAGCUGUGUAACAUCCCCGUCACGGGACGCCGGCGGCCAUAUGGACGGGAUGCCUUGGUUGACUUCAGCGAACAGUAUGCUCCGGAAGCUGAUCCCUAUUUUAUUCAGGACCGUUUUUUAAAUAGCUUCGAGGAGUUGCAGGCCGAGGAAUGUGGCAUCCUCAAUGGAUGUGAGAAUGGCCGCUGUGUGAGGGUACAGGAGGGCUACACCUGUGACUGCUUUGAUGGGUAUCACUUGGAUAUGGCCAAGAUGACCUGUGUUGAUGUAAACGAAUGUGAUGAGUUGAACACCCGGAUGUCUCUCUGCAAGAAUGCCAAGUGCAUCAACACUGAGGGUUCCUACAAGUGUGUGUGUCUGCCUGGCUACGUACCUUCUGACAAGCCCAACUACUGCACCCCGUUGAAUACCGCCUUGAAUUUAGAAAAAGACAGUGACCUGGAGUAAAAGAGGAUUUACAUAACCCAAGCCCAUAUACUCUGCACUGUGUAAAGGAAAAGAGAGAAAUGUAUUAUACUUGAGACAUUGCACCUCCCCCAGAAGGCCGGAAACGCGGAACCGUCACAGAGCUGCGCAUCCUCAGAAGGAAGAGGAGAGGAUCCAGUGUGAGCCUGACAGGUGUAACAGACCAAAUGGACAUUUCUCUGAAAAACCAGUAUAUAUAGUCUGUUCAUAUGUAAAAUUCAGCAGAAGAGAGGCAGAACAGUGCUGUUAUUUUAAACAGAAGGUUGUAUUAUGAUGUUUUUGUUUGUGUUUUUGUUUUUUUUUUACUAUUGCUUGAUUAAAUUUGGCAUUUAAAUAGUGGUGGAAAUAUUUUAUAUAAUUUUCAUUUUUUGAUUGCGCAGUUCCUUGGCUACUGUUUUUCUUCAGAAUUUUUUUUCAAGCUCAAGGGCACAAGUCUUUGAUAAAAUACUGUUAAACUGUAUUAUAAGUAUUGUUACACAGGGUUAUGUUAUUCCUGGUCUGAAGCAUUUUAAAAAUCCAAACUGUCUGUCCUGUGGAGCAGGCAGCGAUUUUGUCUCAAAACUUUUAUAGGCAUUUGGAGGAAAAUACUUUAUCUUUACGGUGUAUCGUCUGAUUUUAAUGUCCAUUCUUAGCCAAGCUGCUAGUAGGCAUCAAUUGGAUCCUUUCCUGCAUUGAAAUGAAGAACUAGUGAGCUUACGUUAGUAUCGUGAUGUGUAAAGUAAGCCCAGUAAAAUUUUUUGAAAACUUGAUGAUCCCAAUAUAUUUACCAUUGUAUGUUAAAGCAAAAUAAAUCACCAUUUUUUUAGAAAAAAUUCUA